CUCCCCUCCACCAAAAUGAUACUCCGUAUAAUGAUGUAAGAUUUGGUGUAAUUAUUGGAGCAUUUUUUUGACAAAUACACCAUUUUAGUGUGAGAUUUGGUGCUCCUUGAAGUUGCUCUCACACCAUAUUCGAACAGAAGAAAUACAUAGUACUCCUUAAUCCUUAUUGGUGUAUUACCAAACCCCUGAUCUGCUAAAACCCUAAGCACAAAAGUAACCAAUGUUCCCAUAAUUCAGUUCAACCAUGGCCUACGUUAACCUUAUGAGCAAUUGUCUCAUAUUAAGGCCAGCGGCAACCCCAUUGCUGCCCACGGCCAUGGCGUACCCCCCCAGCACCUUUGUUUCCUCUCUUCAGCUCUACCGCCGCUUUCAUUUGAGAAAAUGGCCUAUUAUUUGCCGUCUCACAAGACCUACGCACCGCCCGAACUACUUGGGUAUAUUUUCUUCGACCAGCAGUGGGUCUUCUCCAGCUGCUGUACUUGGACUGCGCAGAAAUAUGUCCGCUUCCUCUUUCUCUCUGCCGUAUUUUCAUCAGCAGAUUUUUGGGUUUGGCCGAUAUGCACACCCACAGUACCCUUCGGACUCAGAGUCUGAUCAGGAAUUGGAGCACGAGUCCAAGCAGCUGACUGAUUCAACUGUUGAUCGUAUAGAAGAGUGGAGGUGGAAGCUAACCAUGCUAUUGCGUAACGAAAAGGAGCAAGAACUGAUUUCAAGAGAGAGAAAGGAUCGUCGUGAUUUUGAACCUCUAUCAGCACUGGCAACAAGAAUGGGCUUACAUAUUCGCCAGUUUGAUAAAGCAGUUGUCUUUAGUAAAGUUCCAUUACCACAAUAUCGACCCGAUCUGGAUGCUAAGCGUCCACAGAGGGAGGUCGUCUUACCACAAGGAUUGCAAGACCGUGUAGAUGUUCUUUUGAAAGCAUACUGUUCUAGAAAGUCUAUCAUUAACAAAAGCUCAGAGUCCAACUACUCUUCAAGAAAUUGCGAUGGCCACCAUUUUUCAAAUAAUGAUAGAUUCGGCGAGAAUGAGAAGCCUCUUUCACGAAAUGUCAUUCCUGAGAGAAUCCUUCGGCAGAGGAGUUUUGAAAUGCACCAUAAGCAACAGAUGUGGAAGGAAUCGUUAGAAGGGCAGAAAAUGCAAGAAUUUCGAAGGAAUUUGCCUGCAUAUAAAGAGAUAAACUCGUUAUUAAAUGCCAUUUCUCAGAAUCAGGUUGUGGUUGUAUCUGGUGAAACUGGAUGUGGUAAAACCACACAACUGCCUCAAUAUAUCCUUGAAUCAGAAAUUGAAGCUUCUCGCGGAGCUACAUGCAGCAUUAUUUGUACCCAACCUCGGAGAAUAUCUGCUAUGGCAGUUGCAGAAAGAGUUGCUGCAGAGAGGGGUGAGAAUUUGGGGGAAUCUGUUGGUUACAAAGUUCGUCUUGAGGGGAUGAAAGGGAGGGAUACUCGUCUUCUAUUUUGCACUACUGGCAUCCUAUUAAGGAGAUUGCUUGUUGAUCGAAAUUUGGAGGGUGUUUCUCAUGUUAUUGUUGAUGAGAUUCAUGAACGUGGAAUGAAUGAAGAUUUCCUCCUAAUUGUGCUCAAAGAUCUUCUUCAACGCCGCCCAGAAUUGAGGUUGAUUUUAAUGAGCGCAACGCUUAAUGCAGAGCUUUUCUCCUCCUAUUUUGGUGGUGCUCCUAUGAUUCACAUUCCUGGGUUUACUUAUCCCGUUCGGAGUUAUUUCCUGGAAAAUAUUUUGGAAAUGACUGGGUAUCGGUUGACUACAUAUAAUCAAAUUGAUAAUUAUGGUCAAGAUAAAUUGUGGAAAAUGCAGAAACAAACUAUUAGGAAGAGGAAAACACAAAUUGCUUCAGCUGUAGAGGAUGCACUUGAAACUGCCAGUUUUACGGAGUAUACUCCUAGGACUCGGGAUUCAUUAUCAUGCUGGAAUCCAGAUUCAAUUGGCUUUGACCUCAUUGAGCAUGUUCUUUGCCAUAUAUGUAGAAGAGAAAGGUCUGGUGCUGUUUUAGUAUUUAUGACUGGUUGGGAUGACAUAAAUGCUCUAAAGGAUCAACUCCAAGCGAAUCCACUAUUGGGAGAUUCAAGUAGAGUUUUGUUGCUUGCAUGUCAUGGUUCAAUGCCCAGCACAGAGCAGAGACUUAUUUUUGAUAAGCCUGAAGAUGGGCUGAGGAAGAUAGUGCUCGCUACCAAUAUGGCCGAAACCAGCAUCACUAUAAAUGAUGUGGUCUUUGUUGUAGACUGUGGAAAGGCAAAAGAGACAUCUUAUGAUGCACUCAAUAACACUCCAUGUUUGCUUCCUUCUUGGAUUUCAAAAGCUUCUGCUCGGCAAAGAAAAGGGAGAGCUGGUCGUGUUCAACCUGGAGAGUGCUUUCAUCUAUAUCCUAGAUGUGUAUACGAAUCCUUUGCAGACUAUCAAUUGCCAGAGCUUUUGAGAACUCCCCUACAGUCUUUAUGCUUGCAAAUUAAAAGUUUACAACUUGGAAGUAUUUCAGAUUUCCUCGCUAAGGCCCUGCAGCCACCAGAAUCAUUAUCUGUUCAGAAUGCCAUCUUGUAUUUAAAAACAAUUGGUGCUUUAGAUGAAGAUGAAAAUCUUACACUUCUUGGACGCAACUUGUCAAUGCUUCCAGUUGAACCAAAACUGGGAAAGAUGCUUAUACUAGGUUCAAUUUUCAACUGUCUGGAUCCUAUUAUGACUGUUGUUGCUGGCCUAAGUUUACGAGAUCCGUUCUUGAUGCCAUUUGACAAGAAAGAUUUUGAGGAACAUGCACCUAAUAGUGGCUGAUAACUUGUUGCAGCUUGCGGAAUCAGCAAAAUCGCAGUUUUCUGCUCGUGACUUCAGUGACCACCUUACUCUUGUGCAUGCCUAUGAAGGUUGGAAAGAUGCUGAGAGGAACCGUUCUGCUCAGGAAUAUUGUUGGAAGAAUUUUCUUUCUCAACAGACUCUAAAAGCUAUCGAUUCCCUUCGCAAGCAGUUUUUCCAUCUGCUCAAAGAGACUGGUUUAGUUGGGGAUGCGGAAAGUUGCAACACAUGGAGUCAUGAUGAAUACCUCGUUCGUGCAGUUGUCUGUGCCGGUCUAUUCCCUGGAAUAUGUUCUGUUGUGAACAAGGAGAAGUCUAUAUCAUUGAAAACAAUGGAGGAUGGAGCUGUUCUAUUGUACUCGAACUCUGUGAAUGCCCUAGAGCCUAGAAUUCCAUACCCUUGGCUCGUGUUCAAUGAAAAAGUGAAAGUUAAUGCAGUCUUCCUUCGUGAUUCUACUGCUGUUUCUGAUUCAAUGGUUAUUUUAUUUGGAGGAAGUAUUUCAAGAGGCAGUGCACAUGGGCACUUAAAAAUGCUGGGAGGAUACCUGGAGUUUUUCAUGAAUCCCACUCUAGCAACCACAUAUGUGAAUUUGAAGAGAGAACUUGAUGGGCUUGUCCAUGAAAAGCUUCUGAAUCCAAAGUUAGACCUAGGCAAUCAUCAUGAGCUCAUGUCCGCUGUAAGAAUGCUGGUUUUGGAGGAUGAAUGUCAAGGUAGAUUUGUAUUUGGCCGUAAGAUAAAAGAAUCUGCCACCAAAUCUAAAUGGGAUGCUGAAGCAGGCAUGCUUUCAAGCAAGUCUGAUGGGGGCGACAACCCCAAGAACCAUCUUCAAACUUUGCUUGUCCGAGCUGGACAUCAAGCUCCCAGUUAUAAGACAACACAACUAAAGAAUAAUAAAUUUCGAGCUGCAGUAAUGUUUAAUGGGUUGGAUUUUGUGGGCCAUCCUUGUGGUAGUAAAAAAGAAGCAGAAAAGGCUGCUGCUGCAGAAGCUGUUCAGUGGCUGACUGGUGAAACUAAAUCCUCUCAGAAAACCGCUGAAGACUUGUCAGCAAUACUAAAGAAAAGCAAAAGGAAACUUAUUGCUUCAAGGGGGUGGUGAUGUGUAUAGAACAAAAAAAUCCAGCAAUUGUUUUCCAGUGCAUGUGGUCCGUGAUGAGUUAAUGAUUAUUGAUUUGAUGAGGGAUAUGGGAAGCCCCACAUUUAACUCACAGUGCCAUUUUGAUACAUGCCAAAUUCAAUAGAAGUGACAAUUACUCCAGGCGGUGCCAUUGAACUUGGAGCAAUGGCCGCACUGGUGAGGUCUCUAUGCUAAAGUGAUUUUCUAGGACUCUAGGAGUGGUUGCUGAACCUGCUUAUACUACCGAUGAAUCAUCAAUUUUUAACUCAACUUUGUUCUGUUGUCAUGGGAUGUAUUUGUGUCAGUAAAAGUAUUCUUUAACUGAUUCUCUCCAACACCAUUAUUACAUGGUUUGAGGGAAUAUUUAUAACCCCGUGCCUGUAAUACUGCACAGGAUAGCUUUCAUUUAAUCAUGAAUAUGUAGCCAAUGUAGGUAGAAGAGUAAGGAUACUCUAUGUUUUAAAAUUUUGUCGGCUUACAAUCCAAUGUAAAUAAGUCACACAUGUAGAAAAUUUGAUUUGCUGAUAAUUUUGUCACAUUUCCCCGAAUAGGUUGUAAUGUAAACUUGAUCAUUCUUUUAGAUACAUUCUGCCUCCUUUUGUUUGUGAUGUUACUGUUCCUGCGAUGACUGGA